GUUGCAAAGGAAAUGCCAUUUGUGUCAAAAUGGCUGAUGUUUGUCUGUGCACAAGACAACAUAAAUUUAUCAAAUUGGGGCAUACAUGAGGUCUUCUCGGAAUUAAGCAACUGAAAAAUGGUGGUGAAGCUUGCCCACAGAUUCUCAAGCUCACCACCGCCUGCAUCUUGAAGUCACUUGGUCCAUUGUGCAUCAGAAGUCAGCUUCUUCCUUUCACCUGGAGCAAAGUCAAGGUCACAAUCAUGGGAACUGGAGUACCACUUCUGAACGAUUACAAACAAGAGUUUUUCUGGAAACGAUUUCCACAGACUGUCCUGGGUGGUCCAAAGUUCCGUCUUGGCUAUGAUGCACCAGCUUAUGUUUAUUUGAAUCAGAUUCUUCUGUGGAUCAUUCCAUGGUUGCUAGGCGGAAUUUUCACCCUCGUUUUAGAAUUAAAUUACAGUGAUGAAGUCAUUCAGGAACAGCUGCUUCUCUAUUGCUGUGUGUAUGGUGCAUGCAUGUUUAUUUUUGUGCUUGUGCUGCAAGUCAUCAGCACUGUCGUCAAAAUGCAACAAACAGAACUUGACUUAAAAAUACGAAACAAGAAAAAUUUGUUUGCGGAAGAGGAUGAAAUCGACUUUGAAUCCUGCUGUGGCGCAGAGACUGUUGAAUUUGUUACCCCACCGAAAAAUUACAAAUUCAACAUUUUCUUUCAUGCUCUCGUGUCCGGAGCGAUGUGUGGAUUGACUCUGUGGUAUUUGUUGCCCUACACACUAAACAGACUGUAUGGUUUCAACUAUGGUGCCACAGCUGUGUUGCAUAUUUUUGGUUGGUUGACUCUAUGUGUGGCUCAGUACUCUUUGACUGCGGCGCCCCCACCGGAGCCAGCCAUUUUCAAAACUAUGGAUGUUCAUGAGAUAGCCCCUCUCAUGCGACCUUUCUAUGUUCUAGUCUGUACAUCUCUCCAUGUAUUCUACUGGUAUUACAACACGUUCCAAGUAGCCGAUCAGGUUCUCCAUAUCGUGUUUGCUCUCCUUCCUCUGUUGUGGGUGACCGGCAUCCUCCCGCCAGUGGACGCCCUUUUCCUCUGGCUUAUGGAACAGGUGCAUGUGUUCCUCCUUGGAGGCUCCCCCAUGGCUUCUAAUGCAAGGUUGAUUGUGCUACUUGUUCUGUCUAUUGGAGCUUAUUUGGCAGCCUACUUCAUUCCUUUUGUGUUUGCAACAGUCAUCAUAUCAGCCAUAUUUGGCUACAUUCUCAGCAUUGACCUUGGCCGUUUAGGCACACAGAUCUGGAACCUGUGCCGAACUACGAACAGAAUAUCCUCCAGUCAGAACCUCCGAGAUUCGCAGCGGGUGACUAAAAAUGAAGGAUUUCUGUGGACAUGGGGCCUAGCAACAUUUGCAUAUCAUUUCAUCAUGCUAGCUGUAAUUGUCGGGGAGAGUGCAGCAAUUAAUUACUAUUCACAAAGUAUUGGCACAAGUGUCAGGGACAUCCUGGGCUAUGCCAUCAUCGGAGUCUGUGUGGCAGAGAAGCUGCUUCGAGAUUCGCAAGGGGUGUAUGUGUUCUUCGGACUGUACAGGAACAUACUGUUUCCCCACAGCAGCCAGAUUCAGAGGGUCUACAGAAGAAGGAAGACACAGCUUCUGUAUCUUGGGUUGUUGAGGAGAGUGUUUAUCACAUUUGUUGGCCCAUUGUUGAUGCUGGCGUACUUGUCACUCGUCGUCACGCAGACCAAUGUCAUGACAUCAUCGGCGACAACAGGACUUGACCUGUACCAUGCCAUAUGGUUCACAUUUGGGGUUGUCCGAGCUUUCAGAGUGACGUGGCAGAGCAGUGUCCAUGCCCUCCUGGAGAUGUCGGUGCUGCACAUCUUCACCCUGACUAGCUCCAGCACUGUCCAAUCCCUGGGGGCGCCCAUCCUCCUCCUCCUCAUCGGACUGGCUCGAGACAGACUCUUCCAGCUCAUGAACAAACUCUACUUCUUCUUUGUCCUGCUCUCCACCUCCUGGCUUGACAAGAAACAGCGACGCGGCUCAACCGCCAUUGUCAUCUUCCUCUCUCUCAUCUUCUUCCCUGUUAUUUUGGCAAUACUAGGGGCGGCUGCUGCUCUCUCUGCCCCCCUCCUACCUCUCUUCACCCUGCCGCUGUUCUUUAUCGGGUUUCCACGCCCCCAGAAGUUUUGGGCUGAGGCUGUAGGUGGAUCUGCCAAUGUGUGUACCGAUACCAUCUACUACCGACAGUUCACACCCCAGUUUGCAAGAGGCCUCAAGGCUGCUUUUGCCAAUGGUAGUCUAGGUGAGCCGAAGCCAGGUAACCACUACCUUGUGCGCUUCCAGGACCGCCUGCUGUGGGUGAUGAUCCUGGAGCGUGGGGCCGGCUUCUGUACCGUCAGCGUCAAGGGGCUGGAGCUGCAGGAGACGUCCUGCCACACGGCUGAGGCAGCCCGCUUAGAUGAUAUUUUUGAAGUAGCAUUUGAGAAGGAGGGAGGUUUCUCACCCUGCACCUUUAACAAGUACCCCUUGCACUCCCUGACCCCGGUGGAUUCGGCCCAAGUGAAGACAUAUUCGGAUGCACGGAAUGUGUUGACGGGCGUUAUUGACACUCGGGACAGCGUCAAUGCCACCAUGACAUUCUUUGUGAAAAGUCUUGUGUGGGUGAUUCUACACCAUGUCAACAAGACCAAGAGGAAAGAAGAAAGUAUUAAAAAAGCGCAACCUGUGAUAGAAUGUAAAACUAACGAGGAAAUUAAUCACAACCACCACACGUCCGAUCUGAACAACAAACGAAACAAUACUGUGACAAAUGUACAGUCAGUGAACAAUUCAUUGAUCAAGAACAAUCUUGGUCCGAUUGACAAUGGAGCAAGACCUCCAUCAGCGCAGUCAAUAGGCAAAAAGCAAAGGAAGGCAUCCUGGUCGUCUUCAAUUCACAGUUUUACUGAUAGUAUCUGGUCGGAUGACUUUGAUGCGGAUGGUGAUAAUCGUAAAAAAAUGAAUCUGAGAACAUCGAGGAACGCGACGUCACAGCCUAAAGCACCAUCCCCAGCUCCAUACUCACAGGCGGCAAAAGCAACAAAGAAAACGUGUGAUAACGACAUUGAUGAUUUGUUGGAUGAUUUUGAAUUUGGAUUCCCGGCACAAGAUCUGUCUCGACCUAAGAAGCCAGCGGCAGCUGCUGUUUUUUCAAAGCCGGUCACGAACUCAAAAAUGAAUCCUGUGAACCAUAUAUAUAAACCUGUCACAAACUUGGCAGGUUCCCCAGAUUUCAAGUGUCAACAUUCCUCCCAUAUCAGCCUGCCUGUCAAGUGGCGGGAACUGCCUAUUGAAUACUCCCAGCUGUCCAGGCAUAUCGGUCAGUUCCCGGUCACCUGGUACCGCAGUGUACUCAGCCUUUUGGACUGGUCAGCCACUGGCUUGCCCGGGGAGAAAGUAGCUAUUGACGUUGGCGCCGAUGAUGCGCUGACCAACUGCUACUCACAACUCAUUAUGGCUUGCUAUUCCGCGUUUGAUAGUCAAAACAAGCCCAAUGGGCCCAACUAUCUGUACAAGUGUUACACAGGCGAUGUUCCCUGGAACGCCAUGAUGGACUGGCUGGCAGAGGACAAGGAGCUAUACAACCUGGUCAUCAAAUCAUUCAGGUAUGGGUUGAAGCUGAUGAUAGAUGAAGUGCUGCUGGGGCCCAUCUCAUCAGACGAGGAGCUGAUCGAGUACCUCCAGGACUAUGACGACAGCUGGUACAUCGGGCGUGACAGUGACCCUCAGUGGAGCAAGUUUGUGCUGGCCAACACUAACAACCUGUUCUCCCUGGGACACAACUCAAUACAGGGAACGUACAACAGCCGGGUGCUGUCUCUCCAGGACGUCAUGGUGCACAUCGGCCGCCUCAGCCCCGAGGUCGUCCGAGGUCAGUGGGCAAACCUCAGCAUGGAGCUGCUCUACCUGACCAACGACGAUGAGGAGCGCUACAGCAUCCAGGCACAUCCCACCAUACUGAGAAAUCUGACUGUGCAGGCGGCAGACCCUCCCCUCGGCUACCCCAUCUUCUCAUCAGAGCCACUCACCAUCCCCACAUUGUAGAGGCCCUACAUGGGGGGCCUGAAAGAGGCUAUGAUGAAUUAUGCUGUAUAAUGCUAUGGAAUACUGUCUGAUAUAUUUGAAAACAUAACCACGAUGUUAAUAUAUCACUUUGGUACAGUUUUACAUCGUCAUUUCAUGUCUCCACUCACUGGGUGAGGUUUGCAAAUCAAUCUAGGUAUCAUUUACUUGCCUAUUGACAAUGAUGUUCUAUGUGAAAACAAAUUGAUCAUGUAUUUUGCUGUGGAGAUGCAGCACCUGUACUGUUUUUACUCGUAAGUACAAAAAAUGUGCACUAUUGUGAAGCACGUGCUUAUGAUUCCCUGGGAUGAUACUGACUCAGAUCGCCUGUAAGAAUACCUUUUCCUUAGACUGUAAGAACAAGAAACGUUUUCCCUCAAGAAUCAAGUAGGGAUCAUUCUUUGAUGGCGACCUCAGAGAAACUGAUUUAGUGUGCCAUCUAUUAAACUGUGGUUGUGUGGAUUGAUGACAGUCAAUCCUUGCUCUGUUAAAGCGUAUGUUGCUGUGCUAAACCCUACCCACACACUCACUCAUGCAAGUACUGGAACACUUCAAUACUGUUAUCCCACCUCCAGGAAACUAUUGCUUAGAUGGUAUAAGUAUGCUAGUGUCUCGGACUCAGUUUUACAGAUCUUUGUGAUGCUCAUGUAUAUGGUAGCUUUACAUCCAACAGGUAUAUCAGUGUAAGCCACUAUGAAGGUCACACAUAUAUAGGUCAAUGUUAUGUUGAUGUGGAUAGACUACAAAAAGUGGAAACUCAAUAUGGAUACUUUCAAUCAACAUUUGAGGUAUGUUUUUUAUUGUUUGUUGUCAUGGUUAUUGUUUUUAUUUUUGAAGGCAAAAUUAUCACGUUUCAUAAUGCUUUACAAUGACAUAUUGGCCAGGAGUUUGGCAUUCUUGGUUUUAUAUCAAGGAAACAUCGAAUGUAUGAACUUUACGCAAUCAAACAUCAGCCUGCUCAUCUCAGUCAGUUACUAAUGGUUUUAGAUUAUUCUUUAGACUUCUUUGAAGUGUUUUCUACUUUGUCACAUUUUGGUCAAUUUACCAUAGACUAUCCCAUCCCACCAUGUGAUAUUUCAGCUAUGUGGAAACCUAUGUUAUUGCUUUGACACGAGUAUUUGUUUACUGUGUGUAUGGUUUUAGUGAGUCAAUGAGCUUAUUGUAUACUGUGCUAAUCAGUCUCACUCUACACAGAUAUCAUCGUCAUCUUCUUGGGUUGGUUUAGAUAUCUUGAGUGGAAUGCAGUCUUGUGUUUGCCUGAAGCACAUCAGGUGCUGCAGUCCCAUCUUCCUGAGGCUUGUCUAUAUCUAAGCCUAGUUUCCACCCUUGCCACAUCAAUCCCACUUCUAUUGGCUCGAUUGUGGUGCCCCUUGAUCACGAGUUGUGCCACUUGUAUUGAAAAGGCGAUACCCAAUCAGAUUGCUGCUCUUAUCUCGCAUGGCUUCACAAAGAUGGAGACUACCAUAGAAGAUGACACAGUCGAUCAGAUAACGAAAACAUUCGCGAUUUCAUCCCUGACAAACACAGGCAAUUGUUGAGGGGUUUCAAAGAUGGGAAAGAAAUAUGUGUGUCACCAAGGACAGGCAUCGGUGUUGUGUCUAAUGACUUAAAAGCACAGUACUUGGGCAAAUUGAUUUAAACCUUGGAAAGAAUUAGAAAAUACUUUUCUUUGCUUAUUUGUUGAAACAACUUCAGUGCAAAUUCGACAAGCUAUAUGGCAGUGGCCAUGUUUUGGGAACCUGGAUAUUGAUUCUAUGAAACGUUCUCUGAUUUGACUAUCGACAUGUGCCAUAGUCCAAUCAUAUUUAGCACAGGAAACAAGACUUUGAUAAAUAGGCUAGUGGAUGCUCUUGCCUCGAGAAGAUGCUGUCCAUAUUAUCUUUAGUUUUUGUGCACUAGCCUAUGAUUCUGGAGUCAUAUUGGCUGAAGACUAUUUAAUUAAAAUAAGAUCUGAGUAAACCCUGAGAAAACCAGUUUUACUGAAAGAUGCAUGGGUGCUAGAGCCAAUCGUAUGUCAGCUUCUGAGAUGAUUUGGCUGUAUUUACCACAUUGAUUCAGAAAUUUUAGUCCUUAGGAGUGUGGAUGCCCAUCUGGUCAGAAACAGCCAUGUUUUUAAACUUAUCCUAUCUCACACUAUGCAUUUCUUCUUAUUCUUCGAUCUUGGUGUGGAAACGUCCUAGAACAAAGUUGGCCUGGAGAGGAUUCACUGAUCCUGGGUUCAAAUCCCAGAUUAAUACCCUUGGUCUGUCAGAAUCUAUCCCAUCUUCCUGAGUCAAGGGAAUUAACUGGCUAUAAAAGUCCAGUUUCCACCCUUGCCGAAUUAGGUUGGAAUUAAGGAGUUAUAUUCUAGCUGGACUAACGAGUUUAUGCAUAGUCCAAUCAUAACCAUGUAACGAACGAGACAUCUGGUCCAUAAACUGCCAUGCAGAUAUCGGUUAAUUGCAGGAUUGGCAAAGCAUGUGGAUCACCAACUCGGUGUUAACAGAUAUUUUCCAAAUCUUUUCAUGUUUUUAAUCGAGGUGCCCACGUGAUUUGAUGCACUUUGCGAAGUAAGACAAUAUUGAUAUAUUACAUGAUUUUAUUACAGUAUUGAUCAGAUCGUCUUGAUUGGGGCCCACCAUUUUGUUAGAAGGAAAUGCAAGUAAGAUGUGGAAUCUGAUUGGUCAAUAGAAGGGACAUAAGUUGUUAUAGCCACUGAUGGCACAGAUCGAGGACAGAAAUUCCACCGUAGGUCGGCAAAGGUUGAAACUGGACUUUUACAGUCAGUCAACUCCCUUGCCUCGGGAAGAUGCUCAUGGAUUUCACAAAUAUGAAACACGUGUUCAACCCAUCUACUUUCCUCUCGCAUGACAUGCAGUGAUAGAACUGAUAUACUGUCCAAAUCUGUGAUGAACCAAACUCACUCAUUCACAAAAUUACCUUUCCUGGAAUAAUAGAAAUGGGAAUAUCAGCUGAUUACAUUUUAUAUACUGUUGUAUGACGUACCUUUCUACAUUUGAGAACUGAGUGUGUAUAUGUCACUAAAAUAAAAAUAUAGUGUUGUUUUGACAUGUUUUAGAAACUCAAUCCUGUUUUGUGAGUGAGUAUGGUUUUUACGCUGCUUUUAGCAAUAUCACGGUAGGGGACACCAGAAAUGGGCUUCACACAUUGUACACAUGUCGGGAAUCGAACCCAGGUUUUUGGUGUGACGAGCGAAGGCUUUAACCACUAGGCUACCUGACCGCUCCUCUUGUUUUAUGGAUCCAAAUCUAAAUGUACAGCAAGUCUUGCUGCCCCAUUAGCAUGAGUCCAACUGCAAUUCUGUCCUUUAUAUGUAUUUGUUUUGUUUAUGAAAUUUUCCCGUUCUGGAGUAGCCAAAGAAUCUCAAACACAGGUUGUGCCUGCAGUCACUGUAAGCAUGUGGAGAAAUGUAUGUUAAUCCAUCAUCACAUAUGUUGUCCAUUUUUUAUAUUUUCCAUGUGCAAGCAUUACGUUGGGAAGACAGCUUUAUCAGUUUUCGUAAAGUCAUUUGUGUAUUCUGUGAUAUAUUUUCACUUUAGUUUUGCAUAAAUGUAGUCAAAGAAAAUGCUGAUUCAGCAUUAGUUGCUUGUGCACUUAACAGAAAACAUUACAAAAAGUGUCAACUAGUCGUAAAUUCAUUUGUCAUUUGAAUAAUAUAAAAUGGUUAAACAUACAGAUCUAUAGAAAAUAUUUGUUAUUUUUACUCGAUAAGUCCCAUAUGAAUUGUAAUAUAAGUUGCAUGGUUUUACAAGGUUCUUGUAAAUAUUGAUACCAUGUACUUAAUGUGUAAUUUCAUGUAUGGAAACGAUCAUUGAUAGCUAUUGAUUUAUAUUCCCGUUUUAUGUAUGACAUACAUUUUUAUACCUAAAUACGAGUUUCAAUUGUGUUUAUGGAUUUGUUUCUAGUUUAGAAUGUAACAAUAUUUGAUUCCAAUAUCAAUCAAGAGCAUUGUCGUUCAUUUUUUAUUAGUAAGCAACAUCAAUGUGCUAUUUUGUCAUGAAGGCAAUUAUGAGUGAAUUAUGACAAUAUCAAAGAUAUUAUUGAAGAAAAAUACAUGUUACCUGACAGUGAAAGUAUGUGUUGAAUGUUGAUAGAAAAUGGUAUUAUACAGAGCACAAGAACAUGCUUUAAAAAACAUGUUUAGAGAUUUAUUUAUGUCCAUAUCAAAGACAUGUCAAAAUCAUUUAGCUCAAAGGUUUGUAGCCGUCCAUUUGUACUGCUGAAAGAAGUCAGAAUUACAAUUGAACUUAAGUAAUCUAAGUCAUUUACAUCUUGAUACUGGGUAGUUUACCUUUACCACCGAAUACAGAAUAGCAAAAUGUUUUAAUAUCCUUAUUAGUGCUGGUGUGUCAUUUAAUCUAUAGGUGAUGCUAAUGAAUAAUAAUGUCUGCCCCAAACAGGGUAAUUUCAUGUCUUGUCCGAUUUUCUUUUCUGUGUGCAAUACUCACAAAAUAUAAGUGCAGUUUUGUUUUCUUGAACAGCUUAUAUUGUUUGUUCGACCGUGAUGCAUGACAAGGAAUCGGUGCAUUUUCUGCUAUGUGUUUUCUGGUUUUCAAUUUUUAGAGGCAUUGCAUUCUAUUGGUCAAGUAAUCAUCAAUAAAUCACAUUCCUCCGCCACCCUUGAAUAAAUACGGCCACUUUGCAGUUAUUUAAAACCAACGAAUCAGAUCACGGGGUGGUUUGAGUGAGAGGCAAGCCAAGAGUUGAUCUGACCAAUGAGUGCUCAGAUUACAUCGUACAAACGGUAACAUUGCCUUUGGCAGUGGACACUACACAGUGCUUCCAUAUGAAUGAGGCAAGGGUGGGUUUGCACAAAGUUAACACAGCUGGGCCAAUUGGACUUUCCUGAUUUAUACACUAUGUAGUGGUCGUAUGUAGUCAUGGGUAACGGAGGAACAUAUGGUGCAGAAACACUUAUGACUAUUGAUGAUGAUGAAAAAUCAACAGACCGUAUCUUGGAGUGGAGGUCAGAUAACUGCAAACAUAACUUUGAUUAAUUGAUGGUUUGGGGUUAUUGGAGUAUUGCAUUUGUAAUAUGUUGUCUCUUAAUGUUUGUUUUAUUUUCUGUGUUUUGCCAUUGGUACUUUGUACCAGAAAUUCUGUGAUAAACAUAUUUUUGUAUAUAUUGUGUGGACAUACUCAGUGAAAUAGACAAUUUAAUAUUGUUUUUUUGCCAAUAUUUAGUCUUCAUAUGCUACUGAUAACUGUGUGUCAUGUAUACUAAGGAAAAUAAAACGAUUUGAAAAUAUCAUGACUCCUUAUUGCUU